AUGUCUUUUCUCCACUGCUUUCCGAAGGGCAACGCGACAAUCACAUAUCUCAAUGAUCUUGGGGACAUGGAGUCCAUUUCCGAUCUCAGUCCAUGCAUCAUCGAAGAGCGCAGCUUCCUUCUGGCUCAGGCUUUCGAAGACUCCACUACCGGGCCUCAGCUGCAUCUUGAGCCACUCACUCCCCUCAGCGCCCGGCCCUUCCUGCAAUACCUUUACACUGGUGUCUACAAUCUGCCCACGGCGAAUGGGGAGUCAUUUCAAGAUGUCCCAACAUCUCUGCUCGUCCACUGUCAGCUAUAUCGUUUGGCUGACAUCUACGAUCUGCCUGAGCUCAAGACCGCGGCCAACCUCAACAUCAUACGCCAAUGCGAGUUUGGCUGUUCUUCCCCCGACAAGCCGAUUGACCUGUGCGCUGCCAUCGAGUACAUGUACAGGAACAUGCGCGAAUCAGCAAACGUAAUCGACACCAUCACAAAUUACUGCGUGACCUGCUUCUUGAGCCACAGGUUGGCAGACGACUUCGAAUUUCGCCGUAUGGCAUACGAUCUUCGACCAUUCCAUCAAGACUUGUGCAAGGUCAGCAUGAGCAGGCAAUUUGAGGAUGAGAGCAGUAAGUGA